AAAAGGGAAAGAGAAGAUGAGCAAUAGCUCGCGCCCCAACAGCUGACUGUAGAGAGCUAUGGCGAGCGGUGUCCUGAAGUUGCUCAGCACGCCCACCUUUGCGUUGUCCGCUUCCCUCCGGUCCGCCCGUGUUUGUUUGCAGACGUCGGCGGCGGCGGCGCGGGCCAGACGCCUCUGCAGCGACGCGCCUCCGGAGAGAAUCAGCCGCUACCCGGUCCCCUACAAGAAAGACCUGCCGUACGAUAUCGUGGAGCUGAUGGAGGAGGUGGAGUCAAAGGCUGGCUUUUUGCCAAACGUCUUUAAAGUCCUCUCCCAUAGACCUGCAGAGUUCAGGGGUUUCUUUGCAUACUACAAUGAACUCAUGAACAAGGACACAGGGAGACUAACCAAGGCUGAUCGGGAGUUGAUUGUGGUGGCCACCAGCAUUCACAACCAGUGUCUCUAUUGUGUGGUAUCCCACAGUGCACUGCAUCGCAUCUACUCGAAGAGACCCAAUCUUGCUGACCAGGUCAUUGUUAACUACAAGAAUGCAGCGCUGUCAGCCCGGGAGCAAGCCAUGCUGGACUUUGCCAUGGCUGUGUGCCGCAGUGACUCCAUAACCGAGCAGCACUUCCUGUCUCUUGAGGAAGUGGGUUUCGACCGGGAGGACGCUUGGGACAUUGGCGCCAUUGCUGCUUUUUUCGCCAUGUCAAACCGCCUUGCACACCUCUCCGACAUGAGGCCUAAUGUGGAAUUCUACAAUAUGGGCCGUUUACCACAGGACGAAGGCAAGAACGAGGAGGAGGAGGAGGAGGAGAGCAAGUGAGAGUGGCUCAGCAAUGUGCUGAUGAUUAUUGUUAUAGGGCCACUUUAGAAAGCAUUUAGCUCCUAAUCGACCUCAUGGUUCAGUGUGAAUGGCUUACUAGGUUAAUCUUUAAAUGUGUGACUGAGUAGUUGGAGGAGGAAAAGGUUCCUGGUUUGAAAUAUGUGCCUUUCUCUACGGGGUGUCGGCCUUUUUUUGUUGUCUUGGGAAUGGGGAUUUUGGGGUUAUUUUGGAAAAAAUGACAGUUGUAGAAUACAAAAGUAGACUUUAAAAAUGCUGCCAAAUGGAAUACAGGCGUGUCUCUGAACUGAGGUAAUGACUGUGUAUUGUGUGCGUGUUUCAUAUUUUCCAUUAAAAGAAUGCCUUAACAGUUUG